AUGCCACGACAGGAUAUGCCAGCCGCACGACCUCGUUCUAUAACACCUCCAUUUCCGGAACCACUUCCUAUUCGUCGCCUGGAGCAAACAGUGAUUAACCGCAUCGCAGCUGGUGAGAUCAUUCAUAGACCGGCUUCGGCCCUGAAGGAACUUAUCGAGAAUUCUCUCGAUGCGGGCUCAACAUCGAUACGCGUGACCAUCAAAGAUGGUGGUAUGAAACUCCUCUCUAUACAGGAUAAUGGUUGUGGCAUAAGGAAAACUGACCUUCCCAUCCUCGCGGAGAGAUUCACCACGUCCAAACUAUCAACCUUCGCGGACCUGUCACGUUUGACGACGUAUGGUUUUAGGGGAGAAGCACUUGCUUCCAUCUCCUAUGUUGCUCAGUUAUCUGUCGUGUCAAAGACAAAAGCCGAGACUUGCGCAUGGAAGGCCGUUUACUCAGAUGGCGUGUUAACUGCGCCGAAAGCAGGGGCAACGUCUGAGCCAAAACCGUGUGCAGGGAAUGAUGGCACCACUAUCACGGUUGAAAAUCUUUUCUAUAACACACCAACUCGUCUAUCCGCUCUACGCGGCUCCUCUGAGGAAUACGCUCGUAUACUUGAUGUUGUGACCAAAUAUGCAAUUCACAACCCACACGUAUCCUUCACUUGCAGGAAAGCAGGAUCUUUAUCUCCUGAUGUGUCCACUCCCUCAGCCUCAACUACUGCUCAGGCUAUUCGGCUACUGUAUGGUCAGACGAUUGCCAAGGAUCUGAUGAAUGCGUCGAUCUCGUCCUCAACUCAGUCAAGCUCCACGCCAGACUCUGACGAUGACAAUGAGGAUUCGAGUUCCUGGUCAGCAGAAGCUCAUUUCACCAGUCCACAUUAUCAAGGCAAGAAGACAGUUAUGCUAUUGUUCAUAAACCACCGUCUAGUUGAUUCAACACGGAUUCAAAAGGCUUUGGAAUCCAUCUACGCUGGCAUCUUACCAAAGGGUGCCGCGCCGUUCAUUUACUUGAGCUUGCAUAUUGACCCUCGUUCUGUCGACGUCAAUGUUCAUCCAACUAAACGUGAAGUGCACUUCCUGAACGAGGAGGCAAUCAUCGAGCAAAUAUCUGACGCUAUGCAGAAGAAACUCGUUGAGCAGAAUCAGUCACGGUCAUUUGAAUAUCAGACUUUGCUCACAGGCGGUGUGGCUGAGCAACAUGACAAGGGUAAGAGUAAGGAGAGAGCUAAGCCUGAACAGCCAGAGAAGGAGGGUGGCACCUCGUCUUUGAGUAGAGACGACAGCUCUUCCUCUACGUCCACAGCCCCCGCUCAAGCCAAGAAGACCCUAUCGCAGCACAAAGUGCGAACCUCGAUGCAGGACCGUACAUUGGAUUCAAUGUUUCCAAUUGUCAACCCCACACAACCAGCUCACAACGGUGCUGGGACGAGCAAUACUCCCACUGACGAGCCCAUCCUGCAGCCACUGAGGGUCCGCGAGAUCAAGGAAUCCCAAUGUUAUUUGACCUCUGUUCGAAAUUUACGGCAAGAAGUGCAGAGGGGUAAACAUAGUCAACUGAGCGAGAUUCUGGAGAAGCAUACUUUUGUUGGUAUCGUGGACAUUCAUCGAUGUUUGUCGCUCAUCCAACAUUCAACCAAAUUAUACCUGGUCAAUCAUGGCGCACUCGCAGAGGAGCUCUUCUAUCAACUCGGCCUACGUCAGUUCGGCAAUUUCAGCCGUUUGAAGCUGGAACCCCAGCCGCCACUACGAAAGCUCGUUGCUCUCGCGGUCGAUGUUGAACCGGGAAUCGAACGUAGCAGCAUGACCAGGCCGCAGAUCGUGGAUCACAUAGUGGACACCAUAGUCUCGCGGCGAGAAAUGCUUCAAGAGUACUUUUCGCUUUGUAUCUCGGACGAGGGGACCGUUCAGACCAUUCCCAUGUUACUGAGAGACUACAUCCCGAAUUUAGACAAGCUCCCACUCUUCCUUAUGCGACUUGGCCCUCAGGUCGCAUGGACUUCCGAAAAGGAAUGUUUUGAGACAUUCCUUCGUGAGUUGGCGUUCUUCUAUGUCUCAGAGCCUCUGCUUCCUGCUUCAGCGGAGGCGACGGGCGGCGAGGAGAAAGGCGAGGAGAAGGCGAUGAGGUGGCAAAUUCAGCACAUGCUGUUCCCAACGAUGGCGCGGUACCUCGUCCCACCGAAGUCGCUUUUGGACAGGGAUGUAGUCCAGGUGGCGAACCUGCCGGAUCUGUACCGGGUUUUCGAGCGUUGCUGA